UUUAAACAUCGUCUAGAAAGGAAGUGUCUGGUCCUUUGCCCCAAAUCGGGACAGAAGCCUGUCUUUUCAUCUCCUUCUGGAAAAGAAAAGUCCCCCGCCAUGGAAGCGCCCCUGGCUCCGAGGGAAUCGGCCCAGUUCAUUGCCGCGAACAGCCAGGAUGUGUCGAUUGAAGGAACAGGGGUGCGCAAAGUGGCCGAGCUGUUGCGGGCCCAGGGCAAUGGCAAAGCGUUCAGCUUGGAGGGCUGGAAGGCCCUUCACGAGCUGAACCCUCGGGGUGCCGAUGAGGACGCCGUCAAUUGGGUGUUCCUCGUGGACACCCUCAACUUUUCCUUUUGGUCCGAAACGGAUGACCGCAAGUGCCUGGUGCAGUACAGAGGCAAAGAGUACAGUGGCUACUGGUCACUGUGUGCGGCUGUCAACAGAGCCCUGGAUGAAGGGAUACCCAUCACGAGUGCUUCGUACUAUGCCUCGGUGACCCUUGAUCAGGUGCGCCAUGUAUUGCGCAGUGACACAGAUGUCCCCAUGCCUUUGAUCCAAGAGAGACACCGCAUUCUCAAUGAGACUGGGAGAAUCCUGCUUGACCGCUUUGGAGGGUCUUUCCUCCACUGCGUGCGAGAGAGCGGUCCGAGCGCACUCGGACUGAUGCGGCUGGUCGUCGAAAGCUUCCCUUCUUAUAGAGACGAGGCUGUGUUCCAGGGAAAAAGAAUUUCGUUUUACAAACGGGCCCAGAUCCUUGUGGCGGAUAUUUGGAGUGUGUUAGAAGGAAAGGGAGAUGGAGACUUCACCGACAUUGCCAGAAUCACUAUGUUUGCCGAUUAUAGGUUACCUCAGGUCCUUGCUCAUCUGGGAGCACUGAAGUACUCUGAGGAACUGCUGAAGAAACUUCACAAAGGAGAAAUGUUCUCCCCUGGGGAUCGACAAGAAGUGGAAAUCAGAGGAUGUUCCAUCUGGUGUGUCGAACUGAUCCGGGAUCAACUUCUGGAACUCACCGAAAAGGAAGAAAAACCGGGCACAGAGAUCAAUUCAAUUUUUCUCGAUUAUUAUCUGUGGGACUAUGCCCGGGAUCAUAGGGAAGAUAUGAAGGGAAUGCCCUUCCAUCGCACACGUUGCAUAUACUAUUGAUCGCAGAGAGCCAAUCAGUCAAAACAAUUGAAUUUCAUUAAUCGGGUAAUUGGGAGAAAAAUCAAAUUACGGAGACCUGGCUUCACAUUUCUCCUCUCAUUCUCCUGUCUUGCACCUUUCUGCUGCCUCGUUAAUUUUGACUCCUCUCUGUGGCUUCGCAUCAGGGGCUGGCGGGGAACACAUCUACCAACUCCAUUAUAUUGGACUCUCCCAAGCAUUCAGCACAGGGCUCUGCACACAGUCAGCGCUCAGUAAAUACCAUUGAUUGAUUCUCCCCCGCUAGACUUUUCUCCCCCUCUAGACUGUCAGCUCCUUGUGGGCAGGGAACGAGUCUACUAACUCUUAUAUUGGACUCUCCCAAGCUCUUAGUACGGUGCUCUGAACCCAGUCGGCGCCCAAUAAAAUACCGCUGGUUGAGUGAGAGAAUGCCGAUAUUUUAUAUUAUUCGUCACACAAUUUUUUGAAAAGUUAUCCAGUUAUAUAUCAACCUUCAUCCCUAUUCAUACUAUUCAUUUAAUUGUGACCCUUUUUCACAUGCUGUGCUAAUGUGGAUUAGUAUAUAAAUAAAUAUAUGCCCUAAUUAUCAUUAUAUAAGGCAAGGAAUAUGAUAGUGCAUUAACAGUUUUUACUGUCUUUGCUAAAAUCAACAAUUCAAAACAACUGUUUCUUAUUAAAAAAUCACUCUGGUUUAUUUAUUGUGUGACUAUUUGCCUAAGGAGUAGUUUUAUUUACAGGCAAACUCAUUAAAAAAAAAUUAGGAUUAUCUCUUGAGGUAAAAUGUAGUUUAAAAAAUACAGUCGGUUGUGCAUCCUAAAUUUGAACUUCUCCAUUUCAAAGGAUUUGAAAAGCAUUAGAGACUUUCUCAGUAUUCUAGCUUUGGGAUGAAAAUCAAAAUUUAAAAUUAUGCAGUCUCUUCUUCUUUUCCCCCUAACUCCCACAUCUCUCCUCCUUUCCUUCCCCGCCCCAUGUUCUCACAUAUGGAUCAGGUUCCCUUCUAGCACUGCCUUGGAAACAUUUUAAUGUAAAGUUCCAGACUCACUGGGCUGAAACGGUUUUAAAUAGAAGUGAAGUCUGGAACCUCCGGGCCGCUGUGUUGGUAUGGCAAACCAGAGGAAUGCUGGAAAUCGUAAAUAUUUUUAUGUCUGUCUCCCCGAUUAGAGUGGAAGCCCCUUGUGGGAAGAGAUCAGAUCACUUCUCUGCAUUGUACUUACCCAGCAUGUAGCACAGUACCUUGCACGCAGACGGCCCUCAAUAAAUACUCUCACAACUACCACUAUUCCUACUACCACUGUUUCCCUGGCUUCAGCAGAGCAUUGCAGAAACCCCAUCAUUUCUCUGGAGUUUGGAUCUAGGAACACCAGAAACCCAAUUUAGCUUCCUGUGUGACCUCGGGUGCCUGUUAUUUUUACCAUUGGGAAAGUACAUUGUGGCAGUGUUCAAAAGGCAAGCUUGCCAGAGAUAGUGGAAAAACAAAGGGCUUGGAUAUUUUACCAAAGGG